GGAGGGGAGGAAGAAGGUACAAGGUGCCACAUCAUCACAGUGCCAACAUAGAGGGAGGUGGCACUUCUGGGGCACUGUUCGGAAGGGGAAACAGGAAAGCGAAAACGGGAAGAAACAAAGUGAACUGAACGAACAAUAGACAAAAGGAAAAGGAAAGAAGACGAAAGGAAAAGAAAGAAACAAAAAAUAAAAGAAAGAAAACAGGUAAACCACAGACAAUAAAAAAAAAAAAAAAAAAACGAAUGGAAAGGUGAUAGGAGAAUCAGUGUGUGACGAGAGAUAAGAACAAUGGCCAAAGAGAAAGACGAUAAAGAUAAGGAGAAGGAGAAAAAAGACAAGAAGGAUGGGAGUGGACAGCACUUCUUUCCGGGCGACUACAUAUGGAUCGAACCGGUGUCGAGACGGGAGUUCGACGUGGCCAUCGGCGCCAGGGUCGUGAGCGCGGAGGGGCGUCGGAUCCAGGUGCAGGACGACGACGGAAACGAGCAAUGGCUGACCCCCGAGCGACGCAUCAAGGCCAUGCACCCGACGUCGGUCCAGGGCGUCGAGGACAUGAUCAGCCUGGGAGACCUCCACGAAGCCGGCAUCCUCAGGAACCUCCUUAUUCGAUACAAUGAGAACCUGAUCUAUACCUACACGGGCUCCAUCCUCGUGGCCGUGAACCCGUACCAGAUCCUCCCCAUCUACACGGUGGACCAAAUCAAGCUGUACCGAGGCAAGAAAAUCGGCGAACUCCCCCCCCACAUCUUCGCCAUCGGGGACAGCUGCUACAACAACAUGAGGCGCUUCAAGCAGGACCAGUGCAUUGUUAUCAGGGGGAAGGGAGGGAAAGGAGGGACAGAGAGCACCAAGCUGAUCCUGCAGUACCUGGCGGCCAUUUCGGGGAAGCACUCCUGGAUCGAGCAGCAGAUCCUGGAGGCCAACCCGAUCCUCGAAGCCUUCGGGAACGCCAAGACCAUCCGCAACGACAACUCCUCCCGCUUCGGCAAGUACAUCGACAUCCACUUCACCAAGGACGGCGUGAUCGAGGGCGCCUCCAUCGAGCAGUACCUCCUGGAGAAGUCGCGGCUGGUGUCCCAGGGCACCGACGAGAGGAACUACCACAUCUUCUACUGCAUGCUGGCCGGGAUGACGCGAGAGGAGAAGCAGAAGCUGGAACUCGGGGACGCCUCGCAGUACAAGUACCUGACGGGGGGCGGCAGCAUCACGUGCGAGGGCCGCGACGACGCCCGUGAGUUCGCCGACAUCCGCUCCGCCAUGAAGGUCCUCAUGUUCAGCGACUCCGAGGUCUGGGAGAUCACGAAGGUCCUCGCCGCCAUCCUACACAUGGGCAACGUCAAGUUCAAGGGCAAGGUCAUAGACAACCUGGACGCCUCCGAGAUCCCCGACACGACGUCCCUGGUCCGGGUGGCUCGGUUCCUGGGCCUCGACCCGCGCGCCAUGAAGGAGGCCCUCACCACCAGGACCAUCUUCGCGCAGGGGGAGACUGUGGUGUCGCACCUGAGCCACAGCCAGGCCACGGACGUCCGCGACGCGUUCGUGAAGGGCAUCUACGGCCGCCUCUUCAUCUGGAUCGUGUCCAAGGUGAACGCGGCCAUCUACAAGAAGGCGGCCUCCUUCAGGACCUCCAUCGGCGUCCUCGAUAUCUUCGGCUUCGAAAACUUCAAGUCCAACAGCUUCGAACAGUUCUGCAUCAACUACGCCAACGAGAACCUGCAGCAGUUCUUCGUGCAGCACAUCUUCAAGCUGGAACAGGAGGAAUAUAACGCGGAAAACAUUAACUGGCAACACAUAGAGUUCGUGGACAACCAGGACACGCUCGACCUCAUCGCCAUCAAGCAGCUCAAUAUUAUGGCUCUGGUGGACGAGGAGUCUAAGUUCCCGAAGGGCACAGACCAAACCAUGCUCCAGAAACUCCACAAGCAGCACUCGCACCACAAGCAGUACCUCAAACCCAAGUCCGACCUCAACGCCUCCUUCGGCAUCAACCACUUCGCCGGCGUCGUCUUCUACGAUACGAGAGGCUUCUUGGACAAAAACCGAGACACAUUCAGCGCCGACCUUCUGCAACUUAUUCACCACACAAGCAACAAGUUCUUGCAACAUCUCUUCGUGGAGGACAUCGGCAUGGGCUCCGAGACCCGCAAGCGAGCGCCCACCCUGUCAGCGCAGUUCAAGAAGUCGCUGGAUUCGCUGAUGAAGACGCUGCUCUCCUGUCAGCCCUUCUUCAUCAGGUGUAUUAAGCCCAACGAGUUCAAGAAGCCCAUGCUGUUCGACCGCGAGCUCUGCUGCCGCCAGCUGCGUUACUCGGGCAUGAUGGAGACCAUCCGGAUACGAAGGGCCGGAUACCCGAUCCGCCACACGUUCAGGGAGUUCGUGGAGAGGUACCGGUUCCUCAUUACCGGAUGCCCGCCCGCGCACAAGGUCGACUGCCGCGCCGCCACCUCCAAGAUCUGCCAGCAGGUGUUGGGACGGGCGGACUACCAGCUGGGUCACACCAAGGUCUUCCUCAAGGACGCCCACGACCUCUUCCUCGAGCAGGAGAGGGAUCGCGUCCUCACCAAGAAGAUCACUAUCCUACAGCGCUGCGUCAGGGGGUGGUACUACAGGAGGAGAUUCCAGAAGAUGCGCGAGAGUGCGAUCAUCAUCCAGAAACACUACAGGACCUUCGCGCAGAAACGCCGCUACCAGCACAUGCGCGUCGGGUACAUGCGGCUCCAGCCCUCAUCCGCCCGGGUCGUGUCGCACCGCUUCAGGCACCUCAGGGGCACAUCGUGUCGUUGCACGGCCCGAUGCCGCGGCUACCUGGUGCGGCGCGAGUUCCACCGCAAGUUGUGGGCCGUCACGAAAAUCCAGGCGCAGGUCCGCGGCCUCAUCGCGCGCAGACAGUACCGCAAGCUCAAACUCCGCGUGGAGGCCGCCCGGCUCAAGGAGGAGGAGGAGAGGGCCCUGAGGAAGCAGAUGGACAAGAGGAAAGCCAAGGAGAUCGCCGAGAAGAAGUACAAGGAGCGAAUGCUGGAGAUGGAGCUGGCCGAGGAGCAGCGAGACCGCGAGGAGCGCGAGAUGAUGGACCGCAAGCGGGCGCAGCUGCGGGAGGCCGAGAGGCAGCGCGACGAGCCCGUGGACGACUCGAAGCUGGUGGAGCAGAUGUUCGACUUCCUGCCCGACUCGGCCUCGGAGGCGCAGGCUCCCCCGGCGGCCUUCAAGGACCUCCCGGCGGCCGGGGCAAGGGCACGGUCCGGCGACGACAUCAUCACGGCCAUCCCGCGCCCCUCGGGAGACCAGGACGAGGACCUGUCGGAGUACAAGUUCCAGAAGUACGCCGCCACCUACUUCCAGGGGAACGUCAACCACCAGUACUCGCGCAAGCAGCUGAAGCAGCCGCUCCUGCAGCUGCAAACGCAGGGUGAUCAGCUGGUGAGGAACGGGACUGUGGUCACCAUCCUGCGCUUCAUGGGCGACAUGGCGGAGCCCAAGUACCACAUGAUGGACCGCGACAACACGUCCGUCAUGUCCAAGGUCUCGGCGACGCUCGGGAGGAACUUCAUCAAGAGCAAGGAGUUCCAGGAGGCGCAGCUGAUGGGCAUGGACCCAGUCCUGUACAUGUCACAGAAGAACCGCAGCAUCCGGCACAAGCUGGUCUCCCUCACCCUCAAGAGGAAGAACAAGCUCGGGGACGACGUGAGGCGGAGGCUGCAGGAGGACGAGUACACCGCCGAGAGCUACUCCUCGUGGCUGGACUCGAGGCCGACCUCCAACCUCGAGAAGCUGCACUUCAUCAUCGGCCACGGCAUUCUCAGAGCGGAGCUCAGAGACGAGAUCUACUGCCAGAUCUGCAAACAGCUGAGCAACAAUCCUUCGAAGUCGUCCCACGCCCGCGGCUGGAUCCUGCUGUCCCUGUGCGUGGGAUGCUUCGCGCCCUCCGAGGACUUCGUCAAGUACCUGCUGUCGUUCAUCCGCGAGGGCCCCCCCGGCUACGCCCCCUACUGCGAGGAGCGACUCAAGAGGACCUUCGCCAACGGCACCAGGAACCAGCCGCCCAGCUGGCUCGAGCUGCAGGCGACCAAGUCCAAGAAGCCCCUCAUGCUGCCCAUCACCUUCAUGGACGGCAACACCAAGACGCUCUACGCCGACUCGGCCACGACGGCGCGCGAACUCUGCAACCAGCUGUCGGACAAGAUUUCGCUCAGGGACCAGUUCGGCUUCUCGCUCUACAUCGCGCUCUUCGAUAAGGUGUCGUCCCUGGGCAGCGGCGGCGACCACGUGAUGGACGCCAUCAGCCAGUGCGAGCAGUACGCGAAGGAGCAGGGCGCGCAGGAGAGGAACGCCCCCUGGAGGCUCUUCUUCAGGAAGGAGAUCUUCGCCCCGUGGCACGACCCCACCGAGGACCCCGUCGCCACCAACCUCAUCUACCAGCAGGUGGUCCGCGGCGUCAAGUUCGGCGAGUACCGCUGCGACAAGGACGAGGACCUGGCCAUGAUCGCGGCGCAGCAGUACUACAUCGAGAGCGGCAACGACCUCAACACCGACCGCCUCUUCAACAACCUGCCCAGCUACAUCCCGGACUACUGCGUCUCCUCGGGCGACAAGGCCAUCGACCGCUGGGCCGGCCUCGUCGUCGCCGCCUUCAGGAAGAGCUACUACGUCAAGGAGCGCGUCCAGCCCCUCAGGGUCAAGGAGGACGUCGUGAGCUACGCCAAGUUCAAGUGGCCGCUGCUCUUCUCCAGGUUCUACGAGGCCUUCAGAUACUCCGGCCCGAACCUUCCCAAGAACGACGUGAUCAUCGCCGUGAACUGGACGGGCGUGUACGUGGUGGACGACCAGGAGCAGGUCCUCCUCGAGCUCUCCUUCCCCGAGAUCACCACCGUCUCCUGCAGCAAGACGCAGAAGGUGUACACGCAGACGUUCACCCUGUCCACCGUGCGGGGCGAGGAGUUCACGUUCCAGUCCCCCAACAGCGAGGACAUCCGGGACCUCGUCGUGUACUUCCUCGAGGGCCUGAAGAAGAGGUCCAAGUUCGUCAUUGCGCUGCAGGACUACAAGGCGCCGGGCGAGAACUCCUCCUUCCUGACCUUCAGCAAGGGCGACCUGAUCCUGCUGGAGGAGGACUCUUCGGGGGAAACCGUCAUGAACGCGGGCUGGUGCGUGGGGCGCUGCGAGAGGACGACCGAGCGCGGAGACUUCCCGGCCGAGACUGUCUACGUGCUGCCCGCCGUCACCAAGCCGCCGCCGGACAUCUUGGCCCUGUUCACCGCGGAGGGAGCCGAGCACGGCCGGAAGCUGUUCACGCCGCAGGUGAACGGCUCCGACACCCACGAGAAGCCUCACACGCUGGAAGAAUACGCGCUGGAUCACUUCAGACCGCCACCGAAGCGCACUGUCUCGCGCGCCAUCACGCUGACGUCGGCGCGGCGACCGGCGAGCGAGUGCCUGUGGAAGUACUCGCGCGACCCCAUCAAGCAGCCGCUGCUCAAGAAGCUGCUGCACAAGGAGGAGCUCGCUCAAGAGGCCGUCUACGCCUUCAACGCCAUCCUCAAGUACAUGGGCGACCUCCCCUCCAGGAGGAACCGCCAGGGCAACGACCUCACCGACCAGAUCUUCGACGGCCCGCUCAAGCAUGAGAUCCUACGAGACGAGAUCUACUGCCAGGUGAUGAAACAGCUGACAGACAACAGGAACAGAAUCAGUGAGGAGCGAGGAUGGGAACUCAUGUGGCUGGCGACGGGCCUCUUCGCCUGCUCGCAAAAUCUUAUCAAGGAGCUGACCCAGUUCCUGAGGACGCGACGCCAUCCCAUCGCCCAGGACUCCCUCCACCGGCUGCAGAAGACGCUGAAGCAGGGGCAGAGGAAGUACCCGCCGCACCAGGUGGAGGUCGAGGCCAUCCACCACAAGACCACGCAGAUCUUCCAUAAGGUCUACUUCCCCGACGACACCGACGAGGCCUUCGAGGUGGACUCCUCGACGCGCGCCAAGGACUUCUGCGCCUCCAUCGCCCACCGCCUCAACCUCAAGAGCUCCGAGGGCUUCUCGCUCUUCGUCAAGAUCGCCGACAAGGUCAUCUCCGUGCCCGAGGGAGACUUCUUCUUCGACUUCGUGCGCCACCUCACCGACUGGAUCAAGAAGGCGCGGCCAUCCAGGGACGGCACGACGCCGCACUUCACGUACCAGGUGUUCUUCAUGAAGAAGCUGUGGACGAACACGGUGCCCGGGAAGGACCGCAACGCCGACAUCAUCUUCCACUUCCACCAGGAGCUUCCCAAACUCCUUAGAGGUUAUCACAGAUGCACGAAAGACGAGGCAGCCCGGCUUGCUGCGCUUGUCUACCGCGUGCGUUUCGGCGAGAGCAAGCAGGAACUUGCUCAUAUCCCAACGAUGCUGAGGGACCUGAUCCCCGCCGACCUGGCCAAGGCUCAGAGCACCAACGAGUGGAAGAGAGUCAUCGUUCAGCACUACAACAACGACGCGGGCAUGAGCCCCGAGGAAGCCAAGAUCGCGUUCCUGAAGGUGAUCUACCGCUGGCCCACCUUCGGCUCGGCCUUCUUCGAGGUCAAGCAGACGACGGACCCCAACUACCCCGAGCACCUCCUCAUCGCCAUCAACAAGCAGGGCGUGUCGCUCAUACAUCCCGUUUCCAAGGAAAUCCUCGUGACCAACCCGUUCACCCGCAUCAGCAAUUGGUCCUCAGGCAACACCUACUUCCACAUGACCAUCGGCAACUUGGUCCGCGGCUCCAAGCUGUUGUGUGAAACUUCCCUCGGCUAUAAGAUGGAUGACCUUCUGACGUCAUAUAUCUCCCUUAUGUUGACCAAUAUGAAUAAACAAAAGACUCUAAGGCUCAAAUAGGACAUGGGGAGAGUUAGGAUUAUUAAUUAAUAGGGUUGAUGUUGAUUAUAUUAUCUUUUUUUUAUAUAUGAAUACUUUUUUAAAUUAUUGUAGGGAAGUUGAUAUUUUUUAUUUCAAUUUACCCUUGUAGCAAUUAACCAAGAAAAAAGUAUUAUUGGGUUAGGUCAUAUAUGCAAUACAUGCAUUGUGUUUAUAUAUGCACACCCAUAGGCAUACAGACUUGUAUAAGAAAAAAUGAUUUUCUACUUUCCCUAAAAGGCUUCCAGAUUUUUACGUCUAGUGAACGGAAAAUUGUGGUAUUAUAACUUGAGAAUUUAUUGUUAGCGUUACAAUGCAAAACCUUUUAUUCCUGCCAUUUUCUUUCCUAUUGUGCAAUGUACAACUUUUCUUCCACCUUUAGUAUGCAAAAUUGUAAUGAAAGUGAUUUGAGAGGAUACAGCAGUGGUAGCAUUAGCAAAUGAAAAUGCUUAGUAUGUGAAAGGAAAAAUAUCACAUGUUUUAGCCUUUCAAGCAUACUAUUGUGAUCUUUUACUGUGAAAUUGUUGACUAUUUUUCUGUAUCUAGAGGAUGGGGGGUCUUGAUGUUAUUUUUUCUGCUUCGUAAGUUUAAAUCUAAAUCCUAUAUAAAGAUUAAUAAAAAUAAAGUUUGCUCAGAAA